UGACUAUUGAGUCUCUGGGUUAAACAUGUAUUCAGGAGAGUCUCUGAUGGACUUUGUCAACAAGCAAGUAGCUACUGCUAGAAAACUCAUCACGAAGGUUGAAGAAGCCUUGGCCCAGUUCGAGGAAGGGCUCGGUGGUCAGCGCAGACUGUCGGAUAUGAGCUGGGAACCACAGAGCAGCUCACACGGAGCAGAACGUCCACAGCAUCAUGUCUGGGAAAACAAGAUGGCUCUGACUGACCAGCAGCUCUCUAAACAGAAAUGGACCUCCAGUUUGGACCAGAAGGAACCAGAACCUCCACUGAUGAAAGAGGAACAACAAGAACUCCUUAUCCAUCAGCAUGAAGGGCAGUUUCUUCUGAAGCAGGAAGUUGUUACCUUCAUGGAGCCUUCUCCUUCUGAAGAAACAGAUUGUCAUGAACCAGAACCAAACAAGAACCAACCCUUGUGUCAGAGUACUACAGAAGCUGAGAGCCAAGAUCAGGGUGGAUGCAGGAAAGAAAACUCAGAAUCAAACAGCAAUGAAGAACUGACACGUAAUAAAAUAUGCCAAUCCAAAGAUCACAGAGACAGUGUAGAUGAUAAAAAACAAAAAAGGCACAAGAAGGCUCACACAGGUAAGAAGCCAUAUCCAUGUAAAACUUGUGGUAAAUGUUUUAGUAACAGUAGUGCCUUGAUUACACACAUGAGAACUCACACAGGUGAGAAGCCAUAUCCAUGUAAAACUUGUGGUAAAUGUUUUAGUGUCAGUAGUUCCUUGACUACACACAUGAGAACUCACACAGGUGAGAAGCCAUAUCCAUGUAAAACUUGUGGUAAAUGUUUUAGUGACAGUAGUGCCUUCACUACACACAUGAGAACUCACACAGAUAAGAAGCCAUAUCCAUGUAAAACUUGUGGUAAAUGUUUUAGUAACAGUAGUGCCUUGACUACACACAUGAGAACUCACACAGGUGAGAAGCCAUAUCCAUGUAAAACUUGUGGUAAAUGUUUUAGUGUCAGUAGUUCCUUGACUAAACACAUGAGAACUCACACAGGUGAGAAGCCAUAUCCAUGUAAAACUUGUGGAAAAUGUUUUAGUAACAGUAGUGCCUUGACUAUACACAUGAGAACUCACACAGGUGAGAAGCCAUAUUCAUGUAAAACUUGUGGUAAAUGUUUUCGUGACAGAGGUAGCUUUACUACACACAUGAGAACUCACACAGGCGAGAAGCCAUAUCCAUGUAAAACUUGUGGUAAAUGUUUUAGUGGCAGUCGUUCCUUGACUACACACAUGAGAAUUCACACAGGUGAGAAGCCAUAUCCAUGUAAUACUUGUGGUAAAUGUUUUAGUGACAGUAGUUCCUUGACACAACACAUGAGAAUUCACACAGGUGAGAAGCCAUAUCCAUGUAAAAUUUGUGGUAAAUGUUUUAGUGUCAGUGGUAUCUUGGCUACACACAUGAGAACUCACACAGGUGAGAAGCCAUUUCAUUGUAAAAGUUGUAGUAAAUGUUUCUCACAGAGUGCUGCUUUGAUUUAUCACAUGAUAAUUCACUCAGGUGAGAAGCCAUUUCAUUGUAAAAGUUGUAGUAAAUGUUUCUCACAGAGUGCUGCUUUGAUUUAUCACAUGAGAAUUCACACAGGUGAGAAGCCAUAUCCAUGUAAAACUUGUGGUAAAUGUUUUCGUGGCAGUAGUUCCUUGACUACACACAUGAGAACUCACACAGGUGAGAAGCCAUUUCAUUGUAAAAGUUGUAGUAAAUGUUUCUCACAGAGUACUGCUUUGAUUUACCACAUGCAAAUUCACACAGGUGAGAAGCCAUAUCCAUGUAAAACUUGUGGUAAAUGUUUUAGUAGCAGUAGUUCCUUGACUACACACAUGAGAAUGCACACAGGUGAGAAGCCAUAUCCAUGUAAAACUUGUGGUAAAUGUUUUAGUAUCAGUAGUUCCUUGACUACACACAUGAGAAUGCACACAGGUGAGAAGCCAUAUCCAUGUAAAACUUGUGGUAAAUGUUUUAGUGGCAGUAGUUCCUUGACUAGACACAUGAGAACUCACACAGGUGAGAAGCCAUAUCCAUGUAAAACUUGUGGUAAAUGUUUUAGUAACAGUGGUCACUUGACUAAACACAUGAGAACUCACACAGGUGAAAAGCCAUAUUCAUGUAAAACUUGUGGUAAAUGUUUUAGUAACAGUAGUGCCUUGACUAGACACAUGAGAACUCACACAGGUGAGAAGCCAUUUCACUGUAAAAGUUGAAGUAAAUGUUUCUCACAGAGUACUGCUUUGAUUUAUCACAUGGGAAUUCACACAGGUGAGAAGCCAUAUCCAUGUAAAACUUGUGGUAAAUGUUUUAGUGACAGUGGUCACUUGACUAAACACAUGAGAACUCACAUUAUAUCAUUGAAUUGCUAAAGCCUCAUACUCCAACCCAGCCCUCAGGUCCACAAACUAGAACCUUCUAGAAGUUCCAAAGACCAAUUAUAGAAGUCCAGGUGAUGGCUCCUUCCAGACUGUUGCACCCUGACAUUGGAGUGGUCCUCCUUUUAGCCUUACGUAGUCUUGACAGUCUGGACACUUUUUAAAAAACAGCAGAAGACCCUUUCAUUUAAAGCUGCUAUUUCUAAACAUUGUAUUUUCUUAUAUUUAACUCAAAUUUGUAAUCAUCUUUCCUUUGUUUAAUGGUAUUUUAUAAAUACGUGACUUAGAUUUUUAUUUCUGUUUUAAGAUCACUAUGAUUUUAUGACUUAAUGAUUUGUUUUGAUCUAUGUGAAACACCAUGUGAUUUUCUGUCUGUGAUUAGUGCUAUAUAAAUAAAAUGUACAUACAUGUGAAAAGCCAUAUCUAGGGAUGCUCCGAUCAAGUUUUAUGCUUCCAAUCACGAAUUCAAAGAACGUUGAUUACUGAUACCGAUCACACAGCUUGGCCAAAAAUUUCCUGUGAAGUUAAAAUGUUUUUCUAAUUUUUAUUCUCCCUGUGUCUUAUUGAUUUUUAGCUGUUAUUUUUGGGAAUUUUGUUGUAUUUCCUUUUUAUCUUUUAUCUGUGUUCGUCCGACAUGAUUGUAUAACGCGGGUUUAAUUAACUAACAUUUCUAGUGUACAACGCCUUGUUUGGUUGUAAUGCCAUGUUGAAUGCGCUUUAUAAAUAAAAUUGGAUUGGAUUG